GACUGCAUCCUCAAGGAUAAAGCCCGAAAUCUAUAAGUGACGGAGUUAAAGCUAAUUUAUUGCUACGAAUGUAUGACCUGGUGCUUGAAAAGUGAAUGGCAUGGCAUGAUCACUGUGCGAAACACAUCCAGGCGUGGAACGACCGCCAUUGCGGGGUCAUCAGCUAUUGCCACACGGUCAUUCGACCCAGCUACUAUCCUUGGUGCCUUUCAAAUGAGAGUCUCCCAGCUAAUCAUAGGCCGAAGUACUGGAUGUGCAGUGCGGAUUUGAGGAAGCAUAUCGUAACAAGGCGUAUCAGAGAGAUCCAGUAGCUAACCAGACAAUAUAUCUGUACCUAUUUUGAU